UCUCUUCUCACUUUCUUUCCUUCUGCUCGCUUUGUUUCCGGUCUUCUUCUCCUCCCUCGAUCCUCCGGUCAUCCUGCUAAAGUAGCACAUUUCUGUCUCGCCUGCUCGUGUUACCGCAGGACUAGAUACCCAAUCGACAGACCCUUGUCCGUGCUCCUAGCUCUCGAUCAUUUGCAUGUCUAGCCUCUCCGUCUGACUGGCUUGCUCUCCCUUGCAACACGACGCAUGUGGCUUUGGGCUCACGUUCCCUCCUUUUCUCUUCCCUUCUUGCCCUCCCUCGCUUCUCUUCUUUCUCUCCUUUAGCGCCUGGUUGACUCGGGCAAUCUCCUUUCGAUAUGGUGUCCAAAGCCUCGCGGAUGUCCGUGAACCACGCGGCGGGCAUCUUUGCCGACAUGUCCGUCGACGGUCCUGCUAUCGGCACGCUGGUCGCCAUCAUCGACCGCGCGAAGAACUUGCCGAAUCGCAAGACCAUGGGCAAGCAGAAUCCGUACUGCGCUGCACGACUCGGCAAAGAGGCUAGGAAAACAGAGACGGACCUGCGAGGUGGUCAGACUCCGAAAUGGGAUCAAGAGCUUCGAUUCACGGUCCACGAAUCCCCCGACUACUUCCGUCUGAAAGUCACGGUGUUCAACGAUGAUAAGCGAACCGAUCUGAUCGGCGAGACCUGGGUCGAUCUGAAAGACCUGAUCAUCCCCGGUGGCAGCCAGAGCGACGCAUGGCAUCCGCUGCAGUACCGCGGACGGUACGCCGGCGACGUGCGCAUCGAGAUGACUUACUACGACACCAGACCCGAGGAUGAGGCGGUCAUCGAGCGCCGCACGCAGGCCGCCGAGAAGGUCCACGGCAAGAGCGCUCCGUCCGUGGCGACCUCGUCCAGCAUCAGCAGCAACAGCGCGGCUUCCGCGCCGAUUCCCGUUGGCAACUCGGCGCUUUCGGGUCCCAGACAGUUGAAGGACGUGAAGCGCCGUCCGCUCCCGACGGAUCCAACGGGCUCGGCCCCAGCGCGUCCUGGUCCGCCUGAGAAGGCCCCGUCGGCGCCUCUGCCUCUGCCGGCUCAGGUUACGCCUCCGCGACCGAUGCACGAACCGCCGUCUCAUUCCUAUUCCACUCCACCGGCAGAGUAUAUGCGUCAUGCUCCUCGACAUUCGAUGGCCUCUGAGCCGGUCUACGAUGCACAGCCCAUGCCGGUCCAGGCGCCUCCGGCUUCCAGACCGAUGAGAACCUACGAAACCCCCGAUGACUUCCACCGUGAAUGGAGUCAUCCUGCUGCGCCUCCCUUGCAACCUCAGGCUCCGCCGAGGCGUCAUCCCCAGGAAGCUCAGGCGCAAUACUCGGGAUAUCGAGAUGCGUAUGACUCGCGCUCCCAUGCGCGUCCUCGCUCGGGAUACGGCAAUCCACCACCGGUGGACUACCGCUCCUCCAGGCAAGAGAUCCCAGUCAGUCGACCGGAGCAGUUCCCAGAAAUGCAUGUCCCCGUGACAGAGCCGCCCCGUCCGAGCAGUCAUCACAGCAACUAUGCCUUCCCGACGGAAGCGCAACACUAUGCUCCGAACGGGGAUAUGAUGGUUGUCCAUGGCGCUCCCCCGGCCAGAUACACGUCGCGGUCGUCCGGGGCCAGCAUGCACGACCACGGUGCCGUGGAAUACAUACCUGCUGUCCCCAACGGCAUGGCUCUAGAGCCCGUGGAUCACUACCGUGGCCGUGGUCGCAGUCGCAGCCACAGCAACUCGCUGGUCCAUGAGCCCAGCAACAGCGCCAUGCGCCAUGCAGAAUAUGCCACGAUGCAGCCGCGAGUCGAGGACGAGGACGACGACGGCCCUCCGCCGCCGCCGCCCGUCCAUCGCUCGGGCGUGCAUUCCAGUCCUAAUCAUGCCAAUAAUCAUGUCCAACAGUUAGUACCGUCACCAACUCCCUCGUACCAAGCUUACUCCCCAGAGUAUGCACCGUCCCCGCGGAACUCCUUCGAUCUCACGCACCUCAACCAUCCCAACCACCCGCUGGCCGACGCGGAUCGCCUCCCCCUGCCUACGAGUACGCCCUCCAUGCCCCCCAGUCUAGUCGCGGGCUUUGAUCCCGCCAUCGCCGACGCCGAGUCAGACCGCGCUGCCAGCGAGCGUGUCGCCGUGCGCCGUCGCAGCGCCAUCUUCGACGACGACGACCCUAUCUGUCCCCCGUCCAGGGACCCUUCGCCUGGCCCGGCCAUGAUGCCUCCCUAUCCCGUCGAGGCGGCCUCCUCUGCUCCCCAUCUUCCUGUCUCUGCACCUGCUCCUCCCAUAGAAAACCCUCAUCAAGCCCUCGUCACCACCCGGAGAUCCUUCCACUCCGACUCGCGCCUCGUGCCCCGUCGCAAAUCCGUCAGCCCUCAUCCUCAUCCCUCGCCUCUUCCUCCCGCCGGCACCAUGCCUCUCGACCGUGAUCCCUCUGCUCCUAUCACUCAAACCCCCUUCUCCCCAGACUCCUACGACCAGUUCAACCCGAACGCUGCCCGCGCCGCCGUCACCCGCGACCUGGCCCCGGCCUACGACACCCCGGCUGAAGCCAUGCACGCCGCUCGCCGCAGCGAAGCCGAAGCUGCACGUCCCGGCGGCGACUCCGGGCCCAUCAUCGGCGACGACGGCCGCGAGAUCGACCCCUCCGACCACCUGCCCACAGACACCUGGGCGCCCGAGCCCGAGCGCAAGAAGAAAACCGGCGUCGUCGUCCGCUUCAAGAAGUCGCCUGCCAGCGCCGCCCGCACCAGUCCUCGUCCUGCCACCGCCACCGCCGCCCCGGUCAAAGAGUACCACCGUCCUCCUGCGCCCUCCUCUCGCCCGACCUCCUCCUACGGCGCUGCAGACGUCGACAUGCGUGGACGACCGGGCUACGCGCCUCCCGCGCCGGUGUCGCAUACUUAUUCGUCUGCGCAUGCGAGAACGUACAGCACGCCGUCGCCCCGGUCGGUGCGCAGUCGCAGCUCUGUGUCCCCUGCGCCGAGCGGCCAUUCGGGCUCCCACUCGCCGUCCAGCUUCUAUGCCCCUGCGCCCCACGGUCCGCCUAUCCCGGCCAAGGUGCCCAUCGCGCAGCCGAUGCCCGUGGGGCAGAGUCGCGCACUAGUCUCCAGUGGGGACGCGCUGAGUCGGGAGCUCGGCACGAUCGAUAUCGGCUCGGUGGGGUGUACGACUGGACGGGCGAUGAGGCGGUAUGUGCCGAGGGUGCAGACGGGGUAUGCCAUGUAGUCUCUCCCUGCCUUACUUUCAUGAUCCAGAUGAAGGUGGUGGGUUAGUGAGUGGGUGACGUGGUGAGGUACAAAAUCUUGACUUUGCAUUUCCGUUUCGUUUCUUUGUUGAUUGGAUGCAAGUAUACAUCAUUCAUUCAUUCAGUACUUUCUCUUUUCAUUUCGGGUAUGGUUCGUGGUUGUGGGACUUCUCUUCUCUUGUUCAUUGUUCCGCUUUCUUUGUUCCUUAUCUCCUUGUGUAUACGGUUUUCUACUUUUCUGCAUGUGGAUUUGGCGUUUGUUGGUUCGGUUGGAUGGAUGGAUGGAUGGAUGGUAUGGAAUGAUACGGAUGGAUGUGAAUAUGUCCUAUGCCAUGAUACAUGCUAUAUGAUAUGGUGAAUAUAUGCAUUAGCUUUUU